AUGUCGAAAUCAAGGCGUCUUCACCCGCAAUUCUUCCACACACUUGUUAAUGGCUUUCAAACUCACCUCACGAUUCCUGCAGACUUCUUCUCAAAGUAUGUUGAAGGAAAGAGCUUGGAGAAGACAACGGCGGAGGUGAAAUCGGACGGGUCGGAUAUAAACUGGAAAGUGAAGAUGACUGAUCGGAGACUCGGUGAAGGCUGGGAAGAGUUCGCCGUUGCUCAUGAGCUUCAAAUCGGCGACGUCGUCCUUGUCAGAUAUGAAGGAGAUAUGGUCUUCCAUGUUUCGGAUUUAGGACCCAAUUGGUGUGAGCUUCCAAGCAACGACAAUGAUGGUCAGGACGACAUUGGUAGAAGUUUGUUGAAGAAGCGUCUGUAUCCAACAACACAAGUAGACUUUUCCUCAAACGAUGAUGUUUCUGAUACAGAGCUGCUUCCAAGAAAGAAGAAAGUGAAGAAGAACAGUCCUGAAGCUGAAGCAGAAGCAGUUUCGUCUUCUUCAUCAGACAAGUCCUGUUUUGUGGCCAUUGUCACGGCUUCGAAUCUACUCUCAGAUAAACUGUAUCUCCCACAACAUUUCACAAACUUAAAUGGUCUUACAAGAAACUGCCGCAAGAUUGUUAUAAUAGAUGGAGAGGAAAGAUCAUGGCUAUUGGAUCUGAGGUUCGACGAAUCAUCUGAUACUUUUUACAUUAGCCAACGUUGGAGAAGUUUCUGUGAGGAAAACAGUCAAAAAGCAGGAGGCUUCUUCAGGUUUAAACUAGUGGGAAACGGGGAAACUCCUGUGCUCAGUUUCUGCCCUGAAGAAUCCAUUGAUACUAUAAGGCAGAGUCAGAGAGAGUGUACUGAAGCUAGCGGGAGAGAAUCUCUUUCCACAGAACUUAGCAACGAAGACAUUGACGGUUACAUGGAGCCAACAAAAAUCCGUGACAUUGUAACAUGUUACAUGGUCAGCAAAGAGGAGAGAAGGUCAUGGGAGAGGGAGAAGAACAAUCUGAGAGGGAGAGAUUCAACUCCAUCGAGCCAAAAACAAUUCGUGACCUUAACAGUUACACCUUAUAGUGUCGAAAAGUGUUUACGCAGUCUUCCAAGGAAAUUCACAAGGACAAAUGACAUUAAUGAGCCUGGAAUGAUUACUCUGUUGGGCAGAGACGGUAUAAAGCAGCAGACGAAGUUGCAUUUAAACAAAGUAACGGGAAGUAUGAAUUUGGGAGACGGAUGGCGAUGUUUCGUUGAAGCAAACGGCUUAAAGAUAGGCAACUCCUUCACGUUCAAGUUGAUUUGGGAAGACAAAACACCUGUGCUUAGUUUAUGCUGUGACAGCGGGCAAGAAGAGUUUUCAAAAGCUGUAGAGAAAAAGUCACUUGUCAUAGAUCCUUCCAAGAAACAAAAGAUGAGUAAAAAUGAGAAUAACAAAGAGAAGAAUAGGUCAGUUGAAAGAGAGAAGAAGCAUAGGAGACAGAGAGUCUCAACUCCAUCAAGCCAAAAAGAAUUUGUGACAUUAACAAUUACACCUUAUAGUGUCGAAAAGAAUAUACUGCGUCUUCCAAGGAAGUUCACGAAGGAGAAUGAGAUCAACACGCCUGGGAUGGUGACUUUGUUGGGCAAAGACGGUAUGAAGCAGCAGACGAAAUUGUAUUUAAACAAAGUAACGGACAUCAUGACUUUGGGAAACGGGUGGAGAUGUUUUGCUAAAGCAAACGGCUUAAAGACCGGAGAUUCCUUCACACUCAAGUUGAGUUGGGAAGGCACAACUCCUGUGCUAAGCUUGUGGCCCGCAGAAAGUAGCAUUGACAAAGGAGCAGAAGGAGGAGAGUGUUCAGAAACAAACCAGGAAAAGUCUCUUCCCAUAGACAACAACAAAAAGAAGGCUAAUGGCAUCAACAACCUGGGAAGAUGA